AGCACACUUACCUGUCCAUUGCACAGGUACUCACCACCACCACCACCACGACCAUGAGGCUGAGGUUCCUGGUGCUGCUGCUGCUGCUGGUGGGUGUGGCGGCGGCUGCUUCUCUGCACGAGAGCGACUCUGACGUGGAUCACCCGAAUGCUGAGAAGAACGACAGGGCCCGUGACAUGAGCCGUGAAGACAGCGACGACAGCGACGACGACAGUGACGACGACAGUGACGAAGACGACGACGACGAUGACGACGAUGACGACGAUGAUGAUGACGAUGACGAUGAUGAUGGCGAGGAUACACUCAAAGUGAGAGACACACAAGAUGCAGCAGGAGGUAAAGGACCAGCAGUCGGUCCUGCAGUCAACAGAGUCGCCGGUGAUAAUCUGGUACGGGUACAGCUACGAGUGGCCUGGGGAGUGAACACUAGACUGUUCGUCAGUGUGAUCCCGAAGUGCAUCCUCCAAAAGUCGUGCCAGGAUAACUGGGGGACGUGCAGGACGGAGUGGUGUUCGCGCUGGGAGGAGGAGCUGGCAGGAGGAUGCACUGGUCAGGGCUGCAGGUGUUGUAUCCGCAGGAAGGAAGUUGAGUGCAAGACGGACUACAGGUGUGACAAGGAGGGAGGCACGUGCAAGAAGGAGUGUGGAUCGGACGAGCACCAUAAUCCAUGGGGUGCGUGUCCGGUGAGCGGCUGCAAGUGCUGUGCGCCUAACAAGCGAGUGUGCGUCUCCGGGUACCACUGCCAGAACGGAGGCGGACGGUGCAAGGACCAGUGUGCAGCUAAUGAGUUCGCUGCUGACUUGUACUGCACUGGUCAAGGAUGCCACUGCUGCUGCCCCAUUCAACAACGAUGCCCCUCGGACAGCGGAUGCAAGGGGCGAAAUGGCGAGAGGGGACAGUGCAAGGAGAGGUGCAGCUUCAGUGAGACGGAGCUGAGCGGGUAUUGCAAAGGCAGCAGUUGCAAGUGCUGUGUGACUGACCCCAAACAGUGCGUGAUGGACUGGCGGUGCAGGGAUGCCGGCGGAUCGUGCAAGGAAUGGUGUGGCCAGGGCGAGACCCUCCUGGAUGCUGGCUGUUACGGCGGCUCCCACUGCAAAUGCUGCAUUCCUUCCAAGCCUCCUCAGCCCAAGUGCAUUGACGAGUGGUGCAGGGAGUCUGGCGGGCAGUGCAAGUCGUCAUGCGGCUCUGAUGAGGAGGAAAUCAACGGAGCCUGCAAGGGUUAUAACUGCUGGUGUUGCGCGCCCAAACAGCAAAAGUGCUGGAGGAACAGGAAGUGCAAGAAGCGAGGCGGUAAGUGUCGGGAGAAGUGUCUGCAGAACGAGCGAUUGGUGGCUAAUGGCUGUGAGGGCAAGAACUGCUGGUGUUGCGUCACGAAGCAGUGCAAGAACAACAAGAGGUGUAACAAGCAUCAGGGCAAAUGCUCCAAGAGUGUCUGUGACCCAGGCUGGGAUCGCAUUGUACCUGGCGCGUGCUUCGGUGGGGAGGACUGCAAGUGCUGCGCUCCCCAAAAGUGCAUCAUCACAGGCCGGUGCGCGUUCCACAAUGGUGUGUGCAGAAAUAAGUGUCGUUCAGGGGAGGCAUCUGACCCCUACGGCGGCUGCAUUGGAAAGAAGGGUUGUCUGUGCUGCGUGCCUUCAUAUAAGUUGGCAGAAAUAUCAAGUGACAACAACUUUGAUAAUGAUUAUGACGAUGAAUUCUAAAAAAAAAAAAAAAAAAGAAAAGAAAAGAAAAAAAUGGACAACUUCACCUGGAUGACCUCCCCCGUGACCUGCAUGACCUCACCUGUGACUUCACCUAACAUAUCGCAAUCCAUCAGCUGUUUCAUCUAAGUUCUUGGUCAGCAUUUAAACAUUUCUCUAAUUAUGUAGCAUUUGAACCUGUUAGUAUUUGGUACAAUGGUGUUAAAUCGCCUUGAUGUAGCACAGUAGCUUUUAAUCUCCUAUGUGAUGUUUUUAUCUCCGCAUCCAGUAGUUAGAAGGUCAUAUGUCCUGUUUAUUGUCAUUUGACCUUCCUUUUCUUCUGGUGCCUUAUUUUUUUCUUAUUUAUGAAACCUGACAUUAAAUUCUGGCUUAUAGCAAAUGUA